AGGGAACCCUGGAUGCCGUUCUUGCAUAGGUAGGCGUAGCCGGUAAAAGCGCCAUGACAGCUGAGAGGCCCAUCGAGCUAGAGGACAUCGAUGUACUUUGGGCGGAGCUCAAGGAUCUCCGCGAGGAGUGCAGCCGACUGGAUGGCGAGCUCAGGAGUCAGCACCGGCAGCUGGCAGCGGCGCAAAGCCGUCAGGAAGAGCUGAGGAAGAAGAUUCAGAAGCGUGAAGCCGCUAGUCGGGAGAUCUCGCAGCAGCUGGGCUGUGAAGAGCAGGAUGUUUUGGAGCUCGCGCGAUGGAGGCGACAAGCAAAAGAACAGGCCAAACAAGCCCAACAGCUGCAGCAAGGCAUCGAGGCGGAGUGCCUGGAGAGCGAGGCCACCAUCGCGGAGUUGCGGAAGCUCGCCGACAGGAAGGGCCGGCCCAGCAGCGCCAAGGGCUUGGAGGCAGAGGAGACGCGGCGCCGGCGCGAGGACUUGGAUCUCAGGUGCGCGCGCCUGCAGCUGCUGCGGGAUUUCAUCUCCGGGUCUGUGGCCGACACCUCAGCCCUGCGGGAGCUCCUGGCAGACGGGUCCCCUCCGCCGGCCGAGGACCCGGUGGAUCUGACGGAUGCCUUCGAGGAGCUCCAAGCGGAGCAUCGGAAGCGGAUGAAGACCUUGGUGGAGACCUCCAACAGCAUCAUUGAGAGGAAGAACCACACCUGGAAAAGGAUCAACAAGGGUUUGUUCGUCUCGAGCCUUCUUCGUCCAGAGCGAUGCGGGCUGCAAGAGCACCCCACCAUCCGCGAGGUGCUGGAUGACGCCGCGGCGCUCUGCCGCCUGCGGAUCGCCCAGAAAGCGCCGCUGCCUAGGACGAAUCACACAAAUCUACGAGUGGGGCGGCCAGGACCGAUGAAGAAGGCAACGUGGCAGACAGAAAAACAAUUCUGAGGACUGAUGAAGAAGGUGCAACUGCGUGCGAGUGAGCGCUAGGCAAC